UCUCCUGCUGCUGAAAUUUCGUCGUCCCAAUUUUUGAAUUUUCACCGGAGAUCUUUGUCCGAUUAACUCCGAUUUUCCGAUGCCGGCGAAGAAUAUGUUGUUCCAUAUAGGGAUAAUUCUAUCCCUGUUUUUGCUAAAUCCGAUUCCAUCUCAAUCUGCAGUUUCUAGCAUAGAUCUGGGAUCAGAAUGGUUCAAAGUCGCCGUGGUUAACCUAAAACCCGGACAACCUCCAAUCUCUAUAGCGAUUAACGAAAUGUCCAAAAGGAAAACUCCCUCACUCGUCGCAUUUCAUUCCGAGAGUCGCCUCAUCGGUGAAGAAGCUUCUGGAAUCGUCGCUCGCUAUCCAAACAAGGUCUAUUCUCAUCUCCGUGAUCUAAUAUCAAAACCCUUUCCCCACGUUUCCAAAACCCUAGGAUCUCUUUACCUGACUUACGACAUUUCUCCCGAGGAAUCGCGGAAUGUGGCGGUUUUUAAAACUGAAAAUGGUAAUUUUACGGCGGAGGAGUUGGUAGCGAUGUUGUUCAAGUAUGCUCUUGGAUUGGCGGAAGCGCAUACUAGGGGAACACCGGUGAAAGAUGCUGUGGUGACUGUGCCUCCGUAUAUGGGAGUAGCGGAAAGGAAAGGGCUGCUUGUUGCUGCGGAAUUGGCUGGUAUUAAUGUGUUGGCGCUUGUGAAUGAACAUUCUGGUGCAGCGUUGCAGUAUGGGAUUGAUAAAGAUUUUUCGAAUGGUUCAAGGCAUGUGAUUUUCUAUGAUAUGGGUGCGGGUAGUACAUAUGCUGCCUUGGUGUAUUUCUCUGCUUAUAACACUAAGGAGUUCGGGAAGACUGUAUCAGCUAACCAAUUUCAGGUCAAGGAUGUUAGAUGGAAUGCGGAACUGGGAGGAGAACAUAUGGAACUAAGAUUGGUGGAACACUUUGCAGAUGAGUUCAAUAAACAGGUAGGAAAUGGGGUUGACAUUAGGAAGUCUCCAAAGGCAAUGGCAAAGUUGAAGAAGCAAGUCAAAAGAACAAAGGAAAUUCUUAGUGCAAACACAGCAGCUCCAAUUUCAGUUGAAUCUAUUUAUGAUGAUCGGGAUUUUAGGAGCUCAAUAACCCGUGAAAAGUUUGAAGAGUUAUGUGCCGAUUUGUGGGAAAAAGCUCUUGUACCAUUAAAGGAAGUUCUUACUCAUUCUGGUUUGAAAAUUGAAGAUAUUUAUGCAGUGGAGUUGAUUGGAGGUGCCACUAGGGUGCCAAAAUUGCAGGCUAAGCUACAGGAAUUUCUUGGAAGGAAAGAACUGGACAGACACUUGGACUCCGAUGAAGCAAUUGCACUUGGGGCCUCAUUGCAUGCUGCUAAUAUAAGUGAUGGAAUCAAAUUGAAUCGUAAACUGGGAAUGAUUGAUGGUUCUCCAUAUGGAUAUGUGAUUGAAGUAGAUGGUCCGGACCUUCCUAAAGAUGAAAGCACGAAACAGUUGACCAUACCACGUAUGAAGAAACUGCCUAGCAAGAUGUUCAGAUCUAUUGUUCACAAGAAGGAUUUUGAAGUUUCACUAGCGUAUGAAAGCGAUGACUUCUUGCCACCUGGAACUACUUCACGUACAUUUGCUCAGUACGCAGUGUCAGGUCUUACUGAUGCUAGCGAAAAGUAUGCAUCACGGAAUCUUUCUGCCCCAGUCAAGGCUAAUUUACAUUUCUCACUUAGUAGAAGUGGAAUAUUUUCAUUAGAUCGAGCAGAUGCUGUUAUUGAAAUAACUGAAUGGGUCGAAGUUCCAGUAAAGAAUCUGACAGUGGACAACUCGACCUCUGCUUCUGCAAACACAUCAACUGAAAGUGGCCCCAGCAAUACAGAGGAAAGUGAUGAAAAGUUGAACCCAGACAUUGUUAAUAGUAACACCUCUGAUUCUGGUGCAAAUGAUUCUAGCACCAUAAGUCCCGUUACAGAGAAGAAGCUGAAGAAACGGACUUUCCGAGUUCCACUUAAGAUUGAUGAGAAGACUGCUGGGCCAGGAGCACCUCUUUCAAAAGAGUCUUUUAGUGAAGCUAAAAGCAAAUUGGAAGCACUGGACAAAAAAGAUGAAGAAAGAAGAAGAACAGCUGAAUUGAAGAAUAGCUUGGAAGGAUACAUAUAUGAUACGAGAGACAAGCUUGAAUCUGGAGAUUUUGUGACAAUAUCAACCAGUCAAGAGCGCCAGUCCUUUAUUCAGAAACUUGAUGAGGUACAAGAAUGGUUGUACACAGAUGGUGAAGAUGCUUCUGCCAAGCAGUUUCAAGAACAUUUAGAUAAGUUGAAAGCUAUUGGGGAUCCCAUAUUUUUCAGACAUAAAGAACUUGCUGCACGCCCUGCUUCAUCUGAUCAUGCUCGCAAAUACCUUAAUGAAGUGCAACAGAUUGUGCGUGGAUGGGAAACCAACAAAUCGUGGCUUCCUAAGGGAAAAAUAGAUGAGGUUCUAAAUGAAUCUGAGAAAGUGAAGAAUUGGUUAAAUCAGAAGGAGGCUGAACAGAAAAACACUCCUGGAUCCGACAAGCCUGCAUUUACUUCUGAAGAAGUAUAUGUAAAGGUUUUUGAUCUUCAAGACAAGGUUAACAAGGUAAAUAAAAUACCAAAGCCAAAGCCUAAGGUUGAGAAGCCUUUGAAAAAUGAAACUGAAAACAGCAAGGAGAAAGCAGACACUACCAAAUCCUCUUCUGAGGAGGGUACCUCCCAGAAAGAACAAACAGCUUCAGAGGCAGAGAAGCCAUCUGCAGAUGAAAACUCGGAUCAUGAUGAGUUAUGAUUAUUAUCCUACAACGAUACAUUGAAGGCUAGAUAUAUGCAAAUUGCCAAGAGGAAGAGACGGAAACUUAAUUUGUAGAGUAUAUACUGAGUGAAACCAUAGGAUGCUUUUUCUUGCCAUGCUUUGGAAGUCCUCACUCUCCGGGCUGUCUCGGGUUCAAAUAGUACAUGCUAUGGGUUGUUACACUUGAUCAGCAUUCUCUGUAGCACUAAAUUAAUGUAGAACAUUGAGAACAUAUUCAUGCGCCAUUUUGGCUGCAGAAUAGAAUUUUGUUAGCUUUGAAUACACUCCUGCCGUUAGAUUACACAUUUCUAAUUUCUGUGAAUCUAUACAGGCAACAAUGUUACUGACUUA